UUCACUCCAGGCUCGUUCUCAGGUAGGGAUCAGUGGGAAUGGGGAAGAAGCGGAAGCAUGAGGGGGCUUCAGAAGCUCCAAAGAAGGAGGAAACCGCCCCAUUGAGACCCCAGCGGACUCUUACAGGAUGGAAAGAGGGGAGAGUUGAGAAGCAGAAUGAUUCUCCGGUCUUUAGAAACAAAGAGAAGGUUCUCGUUACAUGCUCAAGGCGAAUAACUUAUAGGUAUCGACAUUUGAUGUUGAAUGUGGUGUCUCUUCUUCGUCACUGCAAGAAAGAUAGCAAGGUCGAAUCUAAAGAGAGCAAAGGGGCUACCCUUAAUGAGCUGGUUGAGCUCAGGAACUGCUCCAGCUGCUUGUUUUUUGAGUGCAGAAAGCAGAAAGAUCUUUACCUCUGGAUGGCCAAGUGCCCAAGUGGACCAUCUGUCAAAUUCUUGGUUAAUGCUGUGCACACGAUGGAGGAAUUGAAGCUUACUGGGAAUCACUUAAAAGGAUCUCGCCCAAUCUUAACAUUUUCCACAAAUUUUGAUAAGGAGCCUUACUGGAAGCUUUUAAAGGAGAUCAUAGUACAGAUAUUUGGGACACCGAAAGAUCACAGAAAAGCUAAACCUUUCCACGACCAUGUCUUUGUUUUUUCAAUUGUCGAUGAUCACAUAUGGUUUCGGAAUUAUCAGAUUUCUGUUCCUCACAAUGAAACAGAUAAAGUGGACCGUGGAGGCUUAGACAAAAUGACACUUGUAGAGGUUGGUCCAAGAUUUUGUUUGAAUCCAAUCAAGAUAUUUGCGGGCAGUUUUGGUGGGCCGACAUUGUAUGAGAACCCGUUUUAUGUAUCACCUAACCAGAUUCGGGCACUUGAGAAGAGGAAAAAGGCUGGAAAGUAUGCAAAGAAGGUCAAGGCCAAGACAAGGAGGAAGAUGCAUGAAAUGUCAAAUCCUUUGGAACCUGACGAGUUUGCAGACAUGUGGAAGGAAUGAAGUUUGCCUGCCUUUGUUUCUGCCGAACCUACAGAACAUGUAUGCAUAUGAAAAGCAGAAUUUUGGUUAUGCUCCUGCUUUUCAAUUCCUGGAAGUAGAAAAAGUGAAGGCUGUGAUACAUGUUUUCUCUGAACCAGGGAUUAAAUCCAUCAGGUGGUGUGGAAUUAUAAGAUGAUUUUUAUUUUUGGAUAGAUAAAACUAUCAACUGGUGUUUGUGAUUAAGGAACCAGAGCCAGACGUUCCACUUUAUUCAUGGAGGCUGUUCCGUGGUAGUGCUGUAGUACAUCCAUGAGUAUAUUUCUAUUCGAGCAAAUUGUUUUCCACA